AUGAGCGGUUGGCCAACAUCUACCAGGCAAUGGCGCGUUGCGCAGCGUCCAACUCACCUACCGCAACUCACCGGUCCCGAUGCGACGUUUGAAAUGGCCACCGUGCCCUUGCCCAGCACACUGCAUCCUGAGCAGGUUCUACUCAAAACGUUAUUCCUGUCGAACGACCCUGCCCCUCGCGGCUGGAUUUACAAGGACCUCGAGCCCGAGCGCCUCUAUGCAACAGCCCUAAACCAAGGCGACUUGGUCCGCGCGCGCACCGUCAGCGAAGUCCUCGAAUCGACAAGCGCGGCUUUCAAGCCUGGAGAUCUCGUUGUGUCGAUGACAGGCUGGACGGAUUUCUUCAUUGUGAGCUCAAAGGAUGUACAGUUGGCCAAGCCGCUGCCGAGAGGGUUGAGUCCCUCGCACCACCUGGGUUUCUUUGGCGUCUCGGGCCUCACGGCCUGGCAAGGCCUGGUCGUGGUCGCGCAAGCCAAGCCGAGCGAUGUGGUGGUCAUUAGCAGCGCGGCCGGUGCCAUUGGGAGCAUUGCGGUGCAGUUCGCGAAGCGCUACAUCGGGUGCAAGUACGUGGUGGGGAUCGCGGGCUCGGCGGAGAAAUGCGAGUGGGUGGUCAGCAAGCUCGGGGCAGAUGCUUGCCUUAACUACAACGAUCCCAACUUUGUUGCCGACCUGAAGCAGGCCACGCAGGGUCCGGAGAGAGCGGUGGAUGUCUACUUUGACAAUGUUGGAGGGUCGACGCUAGACCUUCUGCUUACACGGAUGGCGCGCCACGGCCGCGUCGCCGUGUGUGGCCUGAUCAGCAUGUACAACCAGCCGAAGACGGAGGCAUAUGGGGUGAAAAGCUGGUUUGAUGUCGUCAGCAUGCGCAUCAAGCUCGAAGGGUUUGUCGUGUACGAUGUGUGGAAUCGGCGCAGCGAGGCUGCGGACUUGUUAAUCAAGGCUGUGGAAGACGGCACGCUCGUUGUGGACGAGCAGCAGGAGACGGUGCGAGUGGCGAGCUUCGAGGAGAUUCCCAAGGUGUGGCUUGAGAUCUUUGGCCGCAGCGUCUCUGGCAAACUGGUUACCAAGUUUGUGGGAUGA